AUAAAACUAUAGCUAACUAGCAGAACAAAUAUUUGUAAUUUAUGUAAAGAUAGAAACAAAAAUUAUUCAUUGUGCAUGUAUGUAUCAGUGAUAUAAAUCUUAAAUUUUAGCCAUUGUAUUAUCAUAGUGUGUUACCACUCUAUUUAAUAUAUCGGAACAAGGACCUUUUUUACCGAAUUUUCAAUACACAUGUUUUUUUUACCUUAAUGUUCGCCUUUUAAUUUAUAAAUGAUGAAAAAAUUAAAUCCAAUAUUAUUAUCAUUUUAUGUAACUCGAAUUUCAGACCAAAUUAAUUUUAUGAUCGCUGUGCCGGAGCGAGCAAAAUUUACCAACUUACCGGAAGCUGUAUUUACCCAAAUAGCUUUACAAGGAAAAAUAAGCUUUGAAUUGUCUAUUCGUGUACCUAAUGUUCCAAUGCACUAUUUUGGAAAUGUAAAUUUGACCGAACUUGGAAAUCUGAGAAGAGUUCUUACUAAAAAAGCUCUAAAUAAUAUAAUAAGGCGUGCAUUAAAUGUAAACGAAAAAGAUGUCACUUUAAGUCAGUUGUGUUAUUUCAUAGGAUUGUGGAUGAGUGCAAAAAUUCCAACAUUAUAUACAAAUUUUAUUGAUACUGACUCUGAUAAUAUCUGUAUCUUAAAGGAUGAAUCCGACCAUGUUAUAAAAUACAGAUCUAUUGGUGGAAUAUUUUAUCAAGUAGAUGUCGAUAACCUUGAUUAUAAAAUAAUAACACUUGAGGAACAGUUAUACUAAUUUGUACCAAGAAUUAAAUGUGUAUUUCUUCAAAAACUUAUACAGUACUACUGUUAUUAUAUUUAUUAAAGUAAAGUAGUUUUCGCAUAAUAUUACACUUUUACCCAAAUUGUCAAUUUAUUAAGUGUAUUUAUAAAUAAACUAUUUUGUUCACUUUGA